AUGCUGCGCUUGGUCGGCCGCGCUGCACGCUGCUGGGGGGCGAGGCGGGGGCCGGCACGGGCACCCCGGGUGUCCCAGUGCCCCGCGGCCACGCAGCUGGCACGCCUCUCCAGCACUGCCGCGGCGGUGGCCGGCACGGGUACCUGGCCCAAGGAUGUGGGCAUCCUGGCGCUGGAGGUGUACUUCCCCGCACAGUACGUGGAGCAGGCAGAGCUGGAGCGCUACGACGGCGUGGAGGCCGGCAAGUACACGCGGGGCCUGGGCCAGCAGCAGAUGGGCUUCUGUGCCGCGCAUGAGGACAUCAACUCCCUGUGCCUGACGGUGGUGCAGCGGCUGGUGGAGCGCGGCCGCCUCUCCUGGGACGCCAUCGGCCGCCUCGAGGUGGGCACCGAGACUGUCAUCGACAAGUCCAAGGCCGUCAAGACCGUCCUCAUGGAGCUCUUCCGCGACUCGGGCAACAGCGACGUGGAGGGCAUCGACACCACCAACGCCUGCUACGGCGGCACGGCCUCGCUCUUCAACGCCGCCGCCUGGGUCGAGUCCAGCGCCUGGGACGGCCGCUACGCCGUGGUGGUGUGCGGGGACAUCGCCGUCUACGCCACGGGGAACGCGCGGCCCACGGGAGGUGCCGGCGCCAUCGCCAUGCUGGUGGGACCCAACGCCCCCCUGGUGCUGGAGAGAGGCCUGCGGGGAACCCACAUGGAGCACGCCUAUGACUUCUACAAGCCUGACCUGGCCUCCGAGUACCCGGUGGUGGACGGGCCCCUGUCCAUCCAGUGCUACCUGCGGGCGCUGGACCGCUGCUACGCCGUGUACCGCAGGAAGGCAGAGAGCCAGUGGCAGAAGGCCGGCAUCCACCGGCCCUUCACCCUUGAUGACUUCAAGUUCAUCAUUUUCCACACGCCCUUCUGCAAGCUGGUGCAGAAGUCGGUGGGGCGGCUGCUGCUCAACGACUUCCUGGCUGCCCCCAACCCCGACACGGCCAGCGGUCUCUACAAGGGGCUGCAGCCUUUUCGCGGCGUGAAGCUGGAGGACACCUACACCAGCAAGGAGGUGGAGAAGGCGUUCCAGGCGGCCAGCCAGGAGAUCUUCAACCAGAAGACCAAGCCCUCGCUGCUCCUCUCCUCCCGCAACGGCAACAUGUACACACCGUCCAUGUACGGCUGCCUGGCCUCCCUCCUGGCACAGUGCUCGGCUCAGGACCUGGCCGGCUCCAGGAUCGGCGCCUUCUCCUACGGCUCGGGGCUGGCCGCCAGCAUGUUCUCCCUCCGCGUCUCGCAGGACGCCGCCCCGGGCUCGCCCCUGGACAAGCUGCUCUCCAGCCUGGCCGACCUGCCCACCCGCCUGGAUGCCCGCAAGCGCGUGGCCCCGCAGGACUUUGCCGAGAUCAUGAAGCGCCGGGAGGAGACCCACCACCUGGCCAACCACACUCCCCACGGCUCCCGCACGGACCUCUUCCCCGGCACCUGGUACCUGGAGCGGGUGGACGACAAGUACCGGCGGCAGUACGCCAGGAAGCCCCUCUAGGGCACGGCGCGGUGAGGGGGGACACUGCCCUCCCUGCCUGUCCCCCACCCCGGGGCUGGCUUCAGCGCGACCCUGCGCCUUGCAGGGCGGGGAAGCAGCAAGCACCCACUCGGGACCCCGAGAUGGUGGGGAGGGGGCUGUUUUCAGCCCAAACGCAGGUGGCACAGGGAAUAAAGCGUGGAUGCGAGGGGAAUGGCCC